AUGAAAUAUCCUUCUGAAAAAGAAUCUCACACUUCUUUCAGCAUAGUCCCUAAGCAUUACCAACACAUCCUGGCUUUGGCAUUCACAGUCAAAGAGAUCAAUGAAAACCCUCACCUCUUACCCAAUCUCACUUUGGGCUUCCACAUCUAUGACAGCUAUUGCAAUGCAAGGAGGACUUAUCAUGCUACAAUGCUACUUUUAUCCACAGAGGAGAGAUUUAUCCCUAACUACAUAUGUGAGCAACAGAAAAAUCUAAUAGCAGUCGUUGGAGGAGUGGAUGCCCCAAUUUCCAUUAAUGUGGCAACAGUCUUGAAAAACUAUAAAGUUCCACAGAGAGGUGUCUGCUUUGACUUUAUAAAAACAAUGCCUAUCUUUAUGUCCACCUCUGAAUUGGCUGGAAUUCUUGAAGAUGGAUUAAAAAUACAUAAUGAACUUAUGAAUAGUACAGCCAGUGUGGUUGUGUUUUAUGGUGAAUCUUAUUCCAUGUUGAUUUUGAGAUGGAUUCCGUAUUUUGCAGAACAUCCACCAAGUCUACCAAAGGGAUUAGUGUGGAUAACAACAGCUGAAAUGGAACUCACUUCCUCAGUUUAUCAAAGGGAUUGGGAAACAGAAAUAUUCCAUGGUGUCCUGUCCUUCUCAAUCCAUUCCAAUGACUUAUUAGCAUUCCAAGCAUUUGUUGAGAACCGAAAUCCUUUAAACACAAAAGGAGAUGGUUUCAUCAGGGACUUCUGGGAACAAGCCUUUAACUGUGUAUUCUCAGAUCCAAAUGUGGAAGAUGUAAAGGGGAAUAUUUGCACUGGGGAGGAGAAACUAGAGAGCCUUCCUGCUCCAUUCUUUGAGAAGACCAUGAAUGGCCACAGCUACAGCAUCUACAAUGCUGUCUGCGCUGUAGCCCAUGCUUUGCAUUACAUGUCUUCAACUAGAUUUAAAUAUGAAGCAAUGGAAAGAAGAGGUGGAUGGAAGUAUCAUAAUCAACAGUUGUGGCAGCUACAUAAUUUUCUCAGACGUGUCUCUUUUAACAACAGCGGUGGGGACAAGAUUUCCUUUGAUGAGAAUGGGGAGUUAGUGGCUGGAUUUGAUGUGAUCAACUGGAUUGUUUCCCCAAACCAAUCAUUUCAUAGAGUGAAGGUUGGGAAGGUUGAUCCCAACCAAGGGUUGACCAUCAGUGGGGAUGCCAUAACUUGGCCCAACUAUUUUAACCAGUCUCAGCCUCUUUCCUUAUGUACUGAGCGGUGCCAUCCCGGAACUAGGAAAAGAGUGAAAGAUGGGGAGCCAUUUUGCUGUUAUGAUUGUAUCCCAUGUCCAGAAGGGAAGAUUUCGGCUCAGGAGGAUGUGAACAAUUGUAAUAUAUGCUCAGAAGAAAAAUAUCCAAAUAAUAAUCAGGACAUGUGUAUUCCCAAGGUAACAACCUUUUUGUCCUAUGAGGAACCUCUGGGCAUCAGUUUAGCCUGCUUUGCUUUUACUUUUUCUGUGCUCACAGUUCUUGUCCUGGGAACAUUUUUGAAGCACCACCACACACCCAUUGUCAAAGCAAACAACAAAGACCUCACUUAUAUGCUGCUAAUUUCUCUCCUGCUCUGCUUCCUUUCUGCAUUGCUAUUCAUUGGACAACCUGAAAUUGUGGCGUGCCUCCUCCGACAGACGGCUUUUGGCAUUAUCUUCUCAGUGGCUGUUUCUUGUGUGCUAGCAAAAACCAUGACAGUGGUUUUGGCUUUCAUGGCCACCAGGCCAGGAUCCAGGAUGAGGAAGUGGGUGGGGAAGAGACUUGCUAUUGCCAUUGUGGUUUCCUGUUCCUUUAUUCAAGCAGGCAUCUGUACUGUGUGGCUGGCAUCUUCACCCCCAUUUCCAGAUGUCGACUUACACUCAGUCACUAAAGAAAUUGUACUGGAAUGUAAUGAGGGCUCCGUGACUAUGUUUUACUCUGUCUUGAGCUACAUGGGCUUCCUGGCUCUUGUCAGCUUCACUGUAGCUUUCUUUGCCAGGAAGUUACCUGACAGUUUCAAUGAAGCCAAGUUCAUCACUUUCAGCAUGUUGGUCUUUUGCAGUGUUUGGGUAUCUUUUGUUCCAACCUACCUCAGUACCAAGGGGAAAUACAUGGUUGCUGUGGAGAUCUUUUCUAUCUUAGCAUCCGGUGCUGGUCUGCUGGGUUGCAUCUUUGCCCCAAAAUGCUACAUAAUUGUCUUGCGGCCUGAGUUGAAUGAAAGGGAACAUCUAAUAAGAAAUAAGACCUGAGGAAUUUGAGUGCAUAGAAUGCAUGCACAGAUUUCACAAGACAAGGGGUUAAAAUUUUCUUGUUCUGCUAUGUUAACUUCUUUCCUUUAUCAUAUUGCGAGCUCCUGUGUUGAAUAAAAAUGUUUAAUUGUACACUGCAAUGGAAAAUAAAUCUGUAAUGUGUUGGUAUUUAGAUUGUGAAGCAUGACAUGGAAACUUCUAUUGAAGCUGAAGAA